GCUUUCCAAAGAGAGCUUGUAACAACUCUCCAAUAGCUACACCAAAAAAACAGACCAAUCACGCUCUUGGAAACUGAGUAUAAAAACUACGUCAUUUCCUCCCAGCGUCCUCUUUUUCACCGUGUGCUCAGAUUUCCAUACGGCGUUGUUUCGUGCUCUCCCACUAAACUCGUAACACAGGGAAAGUGGUCACGAUGUCCGGAGGUCUGGAUGUCCUUCAGAUGAAGGAGGAGGAUGUGCUGAAGUUCCUGGCAGCGGGAACCCACCUGGGAGGCAUGAACCUUGACUUCCAGAUGGAGCAGUACGUCUACAAAAGAAAAAGCGACGGUAUUUAUAUCAUUAACCUGAAGAAGACCUGGGAGAAGCUGCUGCUGGCAGCUAGGGCCAUUGUUGCCAUUGAGAACCCAGCAGAUGUCUGUGUCAUCUCCUCCAGGAACACUGGGCAGAGGGCAGUCCUGAAGUUCGCCUCGGCCACCGGAGCUACCACCUUCCACGGCCGGUUCACUCCUGGUACAUUCACCAAUCAGAUCCAAGCAGCAUUCAGGGAGCCCCGCCUCCUGAUUGUGACAGACCCUCGUGCCGACCACCAGCCACUGACUGAGGCUUCCUACGUCAACAUUCCCACCAUUGCCCUGUGCAACACAGACUCCCCACUGAGAUACGUGGACAUUGCCAUCCCCUGCAACAACAAGGGUCACCACUCUGUGGGUCUGAUGUGGUGGAUGUUGGCCAGGGAGGUUCUCCGGAUGAGGGGAACCAUCUCCAGGGAACACCCUUGGGAGGUCAUGCCAGAUCUGUACUUCUACAGGGACCCUGAAGAGAUUGAGAAGGAGGAGCAGGCUGCAGCUGAGAAGGCUGUUGUGAAGGAGGAGUUCCAGGGCGAAUGGAGCGCCCCACAGGCUGAGUUUGCCCAGCCUGAAGUGACUGAUUGGUCUGAGGGUGUUGCUGUUCCAUCUGUGCCCAUCCAGCAGUUCCCUGCAGCUGCUGCACCUGUCAAGACUGGAGAGACCUUCGCUGCUGAGGACUGGAGCACUCAGCCUGCCACAGAAGACUGGUCCACUGCCCCCACUGCUCAGGCUUCUGACUGGGGCGGUGCCACCUCUGACUGGUCUUAAACCAGUGAACACAACAAUAAAAGUGUUACACUUUAA